AUGACCGCUCCCUGGCGGCGCCUCCGGAGUCUGGUUUGGGAAUACUGGGCCGGGCUCCUCGUGUGCGCCUUCUGGAUCCCGGACUCGCGCGGGAUGCCCCACGUCAUCCGGAUCGGAGGAAUCUUUGAGUAUGCAGACGGCCCCAACGCCCAGAUCAUGAACGCCGAGGAGCAUGCCUUUCGAUUUUCUGCCAACAUCAUCAACAGAAACAGGACACUGCUGCCCAACACAACCUUGACCUACGACAUCCAGAGGAUUCACUUCCACGACAGCUUCGAGGCCACCAAGAAGGCCUGUGACCAGCUGGCACUGGGGGUGGUGGCGAUCUUUGGGCCAUCCCAGGGCUCCUGCACCAAUGCCGUCCAGUCCAUCUGCAAUGCUCUGGAGGUGCCCCACAUCCAGCUGCGCUGGAAGCACCACCCACUGGACAACAAAGACACCUUCUACGUGAACCUGUACCCGGACUACGCCUCUCUCAGCCAUGCCAUCCUCGACCUGGUCCAGUACCUCAAGUGGCGGUCGGCCACCGUGGUCUAUGACGACAGCACAGGGCUCAUCCGACUGCAGGAGCUCAUCAUGGCCCCAUCAAGGUACAACAUCCGCCUGAAGAUCCGCCAGCUCCCCCUUGACACUGAUGACUCACGCCCGCUGCUCAAGGAGAUGAAGCGAGGCCGGGAAUUUCGCAUUAUCUUCGACUGCAGCCACACCAUGGCCGCCCAGAUCCUCAAACAGGCCAUGGCCAUGGGCAUGAUGACCGAGUACUACCACUUCAUCUUCACCACCCUGGAUCUUUAUGCGUUAGACCUGGAGCCCUACCGCUACUCAGGGGUGAACCUGACGGGAUUCCGGAUCCUCAACGUGGACAACCCCCAUGUCUCGGCCAUCGUGGAGAAGUGGUCCAUGGAGCGGCUGCAGGCGGCUCCCCGGGCAGAGUCCGGCCUGUUGGAUGGAGUGAUGAUGACUGACGCGGCCUUACUAUACGACGCCGUCCACAUCGUGUCCGUGUGCUACCAGCGGGCACCCCAGAUGACCGUGAACUCCCUGCAGUGCCAUCGGCACAAGGCGUGGCGCUUUGGCGGCCGCUUCAUGAACUUCAUCAAGGAGGCUCAGUGGGAAGGAUUAACGGGAAGGAUUGUUUUCAACAAAACCAGUGGCUUACGGACGGAUUUCGAUCUGGACAUCAUCAGCCUGAAGGAAGAUGGCCUAGAGAAGGUUGGGGUGUGGAGUCCUGCCGAGGGGCUCAACAUCACGGAGGUUGCCAGAGGCCGAGGCCCUAAUGUCACCGACUCUCUGACAAACAGGUCCCUCAUCGUCACCACUGUGCUGGAGGAGCCCUUUGUCAUGUUCCGGAAGUCUGACAGGACCCUGUUCGGGAAUGACCGGUUCGAAGGCUACUGCAUCGACCUGCUCAAGGAACUGGCCCACAUCCUGGGCUUCUCCUACGAGAUCCGUCUGGUGGAGGACGGGAAAUACGGGGCACAGGACGACAAGGGCCAGUGGAACGGCAUGAUCAAGGAGCUCAUUGACCAUAAGGCAGAUCUGGCUGUGGCCCCCCUGACCAUCACCCACGUCCGCGAGAAGGCCAUCGACUUCUCCAAGCCCUUCAUGACCCUCGGUGUGAGCAUCCUCUAUCGCAAGCCCAAUGGCACCAACCCCAGUGUCUUCUCCUUCCUCAACCCCUUGUCCCCAGACAUCUGGAUGUACGUGCUCCUCGCCUACCUGGGUGUCAGCUGUGUCCUCUUUGUCAUCGCCAGGUUCAGCCCUUAUGAGUGGUAUGAUGCUCACCCCUGCAACCCUGGCUCCGAGGUGGUAGAAAAUAACUUCACGCUGCUGAACAGCUUCUGGUUUGGAAUGGGGUCCUUGAUGCAGCAAGGGUCUGAACUGAUGCCCAAAGCCCUGUCCACGCGCAUCAUUGGUGGCAUCUGGUGGUUCUUCACGCUGAUCAUCAUCUCCUCCUAUACGGCCAACCUGGCUGCCUUUCUGACCGUGGAGCGCAUGGAAUCGCCCAUUGACUCUGCCGAUGACCUGGCCAAGCAAACCAAAAUCGAGUAUGGGGCUGUCAAGGACGGGGCCACCAUGACCUUCUUCAAGAAAUCCAAGAUCUCCACCUUCGAGAAGAUGUGGGCCUUCAUGAGCAGCAAGCCCUCGGCCCUGGUGAAGAACAAUGAGGAGGGCAUCCAGCGGACGCUGACAGCCGACUAUGCACUGCUCAUGGAGUCCACCACCAUCGAGUACGUCACCCAGAGGAACUGCAACCUCACCCAGAUCGGGGGCCUCAUCGACUCCAAGGGCUACGGCAUCGGCACGCCCAUGGGCUCCCCGUACCGGGACAAGAUCACCAUCGCCAUCCUGCAGCUGCAGGAGGAGGACAAGCUGCACGUCCUGAAGGAGAAGUGGUGGCGGGGCAGCGGGUGUCCCGAGGAGGAAAACAAAGAGGCCAGCGCCCUGGGCGUCCAGAAGAUUGGGGGCAUCUUCAUCGUCCUGGCCGCCGGGCUGGUCCUGUCUGUGCUGGUGGCUGUGGGCGAGUUUGUAUACAAGCUCCGCAAGACAGCAGAGCGAGAGCAGGUAAGCCCCCAGAAGCUGGGGCCUGCGCGGGGAAGGGAAGGAGACGGAACGGGGUCUGCACUGGUUUCAAGCCCCCUAUGUGCCAGGUGCAAGGUGCUGUCUGAUCCCAUCCCCACCGUAGCCCAGUCUGAAUCCAGUCCACCAGGAAGCCCUGCCAGCCCCACCUCUGCACUGACUCUGGGCAUGUUUUCCCUUCACUGCAGCUCCACACCAGGCCACACCCAUCCUCUCCAGCUGGAUCAUGCUCCAGCCUCCAGUCUGGCCUUCCUGCCUCCACUUUUCCUCUCGACCAGCUGCUCUCCAUACAGCAGCCAGUGCCCUGUUUAA